AUCCAAAUCGAGCCCCGACCCAUUCUCGUCCGAUUAGAUGGGGGAAGACCAUACAGGAACGAAGCCCGGCGGCGGCGAGCUUCCCGCUGUGGAAGGCUGCGUAGCCUCCGCUUCGCCGUUUCCUUCUCCGGCCAGUAGAGUCUCCUCCCUUUCCCUUCACGUCUGGCCUCCAUCGCAGCGGAAGCGAGAUGCUGUGAUCCGGCACCUGAUUGAUACCCUCGUCACCCUUUCCAUCCUCUCUAAGCGGUACGGAGUCCUCCCCCUGGAGGAAGCCUCCUCCACCGCUCUCCUCAUCGAGGAGGAAGCCUUCGCCGCUGCCUCCGCCGCGGCCAGCGGACUUGUCGCUUCCAAGGACGACGAAGUGGAGGUCCUACAGAUCUACUCAAAAGAGGUCGGCGACUGCAUGAUAAAGUCCAUGAAGGAGAGAGCCGUUUCCGCAUCCUCUCACUCCAUCGAUGGGGAAGGCGCUUCUUCGAAUCUGGCUCCCGACGAUUCCUCCCACUCGGACGUUAAUGCUGAAGUAUCCAAUUUAGCGUCUUCAAUGGGCAAAAUGGUGAUUGAGCUCUGUACUUCCACCUCAAUUCCUUCCUUCACUUCUCCGAAUCCCAAUCACCAGCCUGAUAUGCCUCCUACUGAGAGGGAGGAGGAGGUGCAAGGCAAAGGAGAAUCAACAGGGGGAAGCUUGGAAGGGGAGAAAGUAAUACUGGUGCCUUACAUGAGGGAGCAUGUACCCACCUACCAUGGCUGGAUGCAGGAUCCUGCCAUCCUCACCGCCACUGCCUCUGAGCCACUUACUCUUGACCAGGAGUACCAGGUCCACUCCUCCUGGACCCAUGAUCCCCAGAAGCAUACUUUUAUAGUGCUAGAUAAGCAGUUGAUUCAAGGUGGUUAUGUCCCUGGAAAUCCCCAUGUCGAAGCUAUGGUUGGCGAUGUAAAUAUAUACAUGAACAAUCCGGAUGACUUGCAAAAGGCAGAAAUAGAAAUCAUGAUUGCUGAACCCAAAAGCCGUCAAAAGGGACUUGCUAAAGAAUCUAUCCUGAUGAUGAUGGCUUUUUCCGGGGAGGAAUAUGGAAUUCAUACUUUCUGUGCAAAAAUUGCUUUAAAAUGGUUGGAAGUUAUGCUCGGACUUGAUACUAGCAAUGAAUGGAUGCAGGGUUUUGUGGAUAUAUCAUACAGUGAAGUAUUUAAGGAGGUUACUCUAGAGCUGCCUAUUAGAGGGAUUUUUCCAAUAAAGAGUCGGCAAGAUACCAAGGCACAAAAUGUUCCAAUUGAGUUCUGAUCCUGCACCGAGAUUCUCCUGGAUGACUCGCCGAGCUGGCUUAUGCUUUGACCACUGGUACCAAGAAGAUAAGGGAUCACCCGCCGCCGAGAAUAUCUGCAAACAAACGCGCCGGGAUGUGCCCGGCGUUUACACUCUGACACUAGUGUAAACACUCAAAUCAAAAGCAGGAGUAAGAAGAGGAAUUAAGAAAAAUAGAGAGUUUAGGAAUGGAGAUGAACCUCCCUCUGCUUUCGUGAUGGAGAUACCUUUUCAUACUGUUGUAGAUGGCUCUUCCUCUUUUGAUGAUGACAUAUUAAUUACAGACAAAAUAUGAAGUAUUUCAUUUGAUUACUUCUUCACAUUAAUGAUGUAUGUAUUAAUUUUAUUAAUUAAGGAUGAAAUAUCCUCUUUUAUUCUGGCUUUUCUCAUUCCCAUGCAUUUAUGGCAUAUUAAUUAUCUUUUAGGGGAGGUAGGGCUGACCUAUAGUUUUGGGCUUUGGGCUAGAGGGCGUUAGGACACGGGGUAUAAUAAAUGUAUCUUGGGUUGGCGGAAGUCAGGAUUGACAUGACCCUUUGUUGACUCUCACUUGACUUAUCUUGUACACAUGGGAGCCUUUGAUAAAUUUUCAUAUCACAAGUUUUUCCUUUUAAGUUUAGUCGGAAGAGGUGGGAGUGUGCAUAGAAAUGAAGAGAAUUUUAACUAUCUGUUAGAGCUGUUGUGACGCUGCCGAUUCGAGUGUAGGAGGGAGCCGUUGACCGGAGAUUUGAAUGUACUAAUUAAAUUUGGAUGAUUCAGAGGUGUGUAUUACCGAUCGAAUGGUCAAAUGGAGAUUAUCGAUCAGCUAUUUAAUUGAGAUUUAUCCAUGUGUAUUGGAUCGAAUUUUACCCACCCAAAUAGGAAUAUGGCAAGUGAAGCAGAUCAUCUUGAUUUAAGUUUUUGGAGCUAAUCGGCAUGCUUGCAAUUUUUUUUGAUGCCGAGCGGCUUGCAUGCAAAUGAGUUUUUUGAACCUGAGCAGUUGCAUGCAAUUAGAAGUGUUUGAAGCCGAGUUAGGUUUUUUGCAUGCAAACAAGUUGGUUGAAGUCGAGCGGGUUGCAUGCAAAGUUUUCGUAUGCAAAUAAGUUUGUGAACCCGAUCGGUUAAAUAGAGAUGUGACAUACGAAGCCUACAGUCAAAUAGAGAUGCUGCAUGUAAAAAGGAAUUUUGCAUCCGAAGCUGAUCUGAAUUGAUCAUAGUUGCUCAAAGCUGCGCGGCUUUAAUUGGAGUUUUGCAUGCCUGUGAACUGAUUGCAUGUAAAUAAGAAUUUUUGGAAAUGAAAGGCUGAUCGGAUUUAAUUUGUGGCAUUCAUUUGCAUCUGCCGAUCUAUUUUUAUUGUUUGCAUGCAUCUGUAUGUCUUUGUCAAAUUGAAUUCGAUAAAAUUUCGUCCUAUGAAAUAGAACGUGUGAGAUCAUGAUUUUUGAUGGUCAUUGUAAUCGUUGCCGAGUGAGCAAGGUGCCAAUCGGAUUCAAUUAGUCUUGAUUUUGCAUGACUUGCAUGCAUCUAUUUGGCCGAGCGGAAUUAAUUUGAGUCUUGAUAAUGCAUGCACUGGCCUAAGCGGAAUUUGCCAUUUGAAAUGCAAAAUGUAAUUUUCGAUGGAGAAUCUGAUUGAGUAUUGGAGAUUUUCACUGGAGAUUUUUGAUUGAGAGUCCGAUCGAGUUGUCGUAAGGGACUCUGGACUGAGCAGUCAUCUUCCUGAUUUGGGAGCCAUUAAGUAUCGAUCAUGGAAAAGACGAGAAAAUUCGGAGGGCAAUCCUUCGGAAGCUCCCGCUUGGGAGGUUGAGAGCCCUCACUCAAAGGAUAACUAUGUUAGUUUCUGCUCGGAAAGGUUUAACCCUCAUUUUGGAGGAUAUUUUUGUUAGCUUAUGCUCGGGAAAGUUAAACCCUCUCUUGGAGGAUGUCUUUGUUAGCUUCCGCUCGGGAAGGUUGAAUUCUCUCUUGGAGGAUGUCUUUGUUAGCUUCCGCUCGGGAAGGUUGAAGAGGAUGUCUUUGUUAGCUUUUGUUCGGGAGGCUAAGAGCCCUCACUUGGAGGACAACUAUGCCAGCUUCAAUGGGAGAGAAGGUGUUUUCCCUCUCUUGUUGAUGUUAAUACCCGUGAUAGUUUUGAUGUGGUCAACCAACUUAAGUUAGGUCAUAUAUAUUUGAUCCUUGUGCCUAAGUGUGCAGAAAUUUAAGAACACAAGAAGUCGAGCGGAAGAUGCGGCUAGCAAGAAGGAUGGCACGGGAAGGGAGCCGACGGACUUGGUGCAUCCGAGGGACGAAAUACUGCGAAAGAGUACAUCGGCAGAUGAGGACGGGCACGGUGGCCCGAGGGAUGAGAAGUCGAGGAGGAAGGCUGCUCGAGGAGAAGAUCAGAAAAUGAGUUCGGGUGAGCCAUAUUCUGGUUGGCCGAAAUCACCCAAGUGAACGAAACAACGGAAGAGCAAAAUGGAGUUGCUGGAGGCUCCUCCGACGCUACUGGAGGUGCCCUCGCGCCUUUCUAGUGGAAGACACCUUCAAAAUAUUGAAGGCGCCUUCAAUCACUUGAAGACGC